CCAGCCGCUCCGCCUCUCAGCUAGGAUCCAUUUCUGGGAAAAUCCCUACCCUCCUGGCGGUGGCCUCCUCCCCUACAGCUUUAAAAGGGAGCCGGCGCCCAGCCUGGCAGACCCUGCGCGGGAGCCGAGGCCGGAUGACGACCGAGCAGCGACAGAAUCUGCUCACCUUCCGAGACUAUGUCAGGAAGAUUCUGGAUCCUACUCACAUUCUCUGCUACAUGGCCCCCUGGUUUAGGGAGGAAGUCAACUCAGCAUAUCAAGACCACCAAAUUUGCACCAAUUUGGAAAUAACCUGUCUCCUCCUUUAGGAAAACACAACAAAUGGACUUACAGUCUCUUUAAGAGCCAAUUUUCGUGAAAGGAGAAGGGAACAUUUAGGAUAUGACGCCGAGUAAACAGGACGUGGUGCCUCCCAUCUAAAGAAGAAAUUCGAACUAGGACUUGGGGCCCUUGGGCCUAGACACUUUGGAUGGUGCCUGAAAUUUCGUUGUAGGAGGACUGGGUUGGUCCCCUUCUUUGAGAGAGAGGUGAAUCCUUUUAAACGAAUAUCCAUCCUGGAUUCUACGCGGUAUCCCACUGACGUGGCCUUGAGUCGGAUGGGCAGGAGGGGAAGAGAAGGUCUUUGGAAAAGAUAAGAUGCAGUAUAUUCAAGCUGAGAAAAACAACAGGGGCCCGAUGGAGGCUGCCUCACUUUUCCUACAGUUCCUUUUGGAACUCCAGGAGGAAGGCUGGUUCCGUGGCUUUUUGGAUGCCUUAAACCAAGCAGGUUAUUCUGGACUUUAUGAAGCCAUUGAAAAUUGGGAUUUCAACAAAAUUGAAAAGUUAGAAAUGUACAGAACACUUUUAAGACGUUUGCAACCAGAAUUUAAAAACAGAAUUGUUCCUUUAGAAAUCCUUCCUGAACUAGCUGAAUGUUUAAUUAGUCAGGAAUGUGAAGAAAUUAGACAGAUUUGUUACAACAAGGGGAUGAUAGCAGGUUCAGAGAAACUGAUCGAAUGCCUUCUGAAAUCAGACAAGGAGAACUGGCCCAAGGUUUUGAAACUUGCUUUGGAGAAGGAACAGAACAACCUCAGUGAAAUGUGGCUGGUAGAGAAAGGUGAAAAAGAUAUUGAAAAUAAAGAUCUGGAGGAUGAUGAAAUGGAAACUUCUGAAAUACACAUUUUCUUCCAGGAAGAUCCAGAAUACCAGAAUCUUAGUCAGAAUUCCCAGGCACCCUCAGAAAUGUCUCGAACUAACUUGAAACCAAGAAAUUACCAACUAGAGCUUGCUUUGCCUGCUAAGGAAGGAAAAAAUACAAUAAUAUGUGCUCCUACUGGUUGUGGGAAAACCUUAGUUUCACUUCUUAUUUGUGAACAUCAUCUUAAAAAUUUUCCACAAGGACGAAAAGGGAAAGUUGCUUUUUUUGCUAAUCAUGUCCCUGUGUAUGAGCAGCAGAAGUCUGUGUUCUUGAGAUAUUUCGAAAGGCUUGGGUACAGUGUUGCAGGCAUUUCUGGAGCAACAACUGAAAAUGUCCCAGUAGAACAGACUAUCAAGAACAAUGACAUCAUCAUUUUAACACCCCAGAUUAUUGUGAACAAUCUCAAAAAUGGAACUAUUCCAUCACUGUCUGUCUUUACUUUGAUGAUAUUUGAUGAAUGCCACAACACCAGUAAACACCACCCAUACAAUAUGAUCAUGUUCAAUUACCUAGAUCAGAAACUUGGAGGAUCUUCAGACCCACUGCCCCAGGUUGUUGGGCUGACUGCCUCAGUUGGUGUUGGGGAUGCCAAAACCACAGAUGAAGCCAUGCUUUACAUCUGCAAACUGUGUGCUUCUCUUGAUGCAACAGUGAUAGCAACAGUCAGAGACAACUUGGAAGAACUGGAGCAAGUGGUUUAUAAGCCCCAGAAAUUUUCCAGGAAAGUGGAAUCACGGACUACCAACAAAUUUAAAUUCAUCGUAUCUCAGCUGAUGAGGGACAUAGAGAGUCUGGCAAGGAAUAUCUGUGCAGAAUUUGGAAACUUAUUUCAAACUCAAAAUGGGGACUUUGGAACACAGAAGUAUGAACAACGUAUUGUUGGAGUUCAUAAAGCAGGCAUGGUGUUUCGACUGCCAGACAAAGAGGAAGAGAGCAGGAUUUGCAAAGCACUAUUUCUGUAUACUUCAUACUUGCGGAAAUAUAAUGAUUCCCUCAUUAUCAGUGAGGAUGCACAAAUGAAAGAUGCUCUGAAUUACUUGAAAGACUUCUUCAACAAUGUCCGAACAGCGGGAUUUGAUGAGACUGAGCAAGAUCUUACUCGGAGGUUUGAAGAAAAACUGGAGGAAUUAGAAAGUGUUUGCAGAGAUCCCAGCAAUGAGAACCCUAAACUCAACGACCUCUGCCUCAUCUUACAAGAGGAGUACCACUUAUAUCCAGAGACCAGAACCAUUCUUUUCGUGAAAACCAGAGCACUUGUGGAUGCUUUAAAGAAAUGGAUUAAAGAAAAUGCUGCACUCAACUUUCUAAAACCUGGUGUAUUGACUGGUCGUGGCAGAACAAAUCAGAAUACAGGCAUGACCCUCCCAGCACAGAAGUGUGCACUGGAUGCAUUCAGAGAAGAUAAAGAUAAUAUUCUGAUUGUCACCUCAGUUGCUGAUGAAGGCAUCGACAUUGCUCAGUGCAAUCUGGUCAUCCUGUAUGAGUACGUGGGCAAUGUCAUCAAAAUGAUCCAAACCAGAGGCAGAGGAAGAGCAAGAGGUAGCAAAUGCUACCUUCUGACUAGUAAUGCUGAUGUAAUUGAAAAAGAAAAUAUAAACAUGUAUAAGGAAGAAAUGAUGAAUGACUCCAUUUCAAGACUUCAGACAUGGGAUAAAACGGAAUUUGAAAAAAAAGUUCACAGUAUACAGAUACAUGAUAAAUUCAUCAGAGAUAGUCAACCCAAAUCAAAACCUGUCCCUGAUAAGAAAAAUAAAAACCUGCUCUGUGGAAAGUGCAAAACCUUGGCAUGUUACACGGCUGAUGUACGCGUGGUAGAGACAUGCCAUUACACUGUGGUUGGAGAUGACUUUAAGGAACGCUUUGUGAGUAAACCACACCCCAGACCGAAGAGCUAUGGGGGUUUUGAGAAGAAAGCAAAGAUAUUCUGUGCCAAAGAGAACUGCAGACAUGACUGGGGAAUCCACGUGAAGUAUAAGGAAUUUGAGAUUCCAGUCAUAAAAAUUGAAAGUUUUGUAGUGGAAGAUAUUGCAACUGGAGUUCAAACACGGUACUCAAAGUGGAAAGAUUUUCAUUUUGAGAAGAUACAGUUUGAUGCUGCAGAAUAUCCAAAUGACUUCAGAGCCUAAGUCUUUAGCUACAGGGAAUGGUGAGUGAAGAAAUUAACCCUGUGGGUAAUCACCCAUUGCUUGUGCCUCUAUGAAGGUAUUUUACACAAGGCUUAUACUGUAUUACACACUUUCAGUUAACUUCACUUUCUGUUGGUUUUGAACAGUUUGUAGUACAUCGUAUAUGCAAAACACAUGUGAGUGAAUUCUCAUACAUUGCUGGUGGGACUGCAAAUAGGCACAACCACUAUGGAAAGCAGUAUGGAGAUUCCUCACAAAACUUGGAAUAGAACCACCAUUUGACGCAGCUAUCCCACUCCUCAGUCUACACCCAAAGGACUGAAAAUCAGCAUACUACAGUGAUGCAGCCACAUCAAUGUUUAUAGCAGCUCAAUUCAUAACAGCUAACCUAUGGAACCAACCUAGGUGUCCUUCAAUAGAUGAAUGGAUAAAGAAAAUGUGAUAUAUAUAUUCAAUAGACUAUUACUCAGCUUUAAAGAAGUAUGAAAUUAUGGCAUUUACAGUAAAUGGAUGGAGUUGGAGAAUAUCAUGCUAAGCAAAAUGAGCCAAUCCUGAAAAACCAAAGGUCAAAUGUUUUUCUCUAAUAUGCAGAUGCUAAUUCACAUUAAGGUGGGGGGCACUAGAGAAGAACAGCAUUACCUUAGAUUAGGUAGAGGGAAGGGAAGGAAGGGAAGAGAAGGGGAUGUGGGAUAGCAAAGACAGUAGAACGAAACAGAUAUUAUUAUUUUAUGUAUAUAUGUGACUGCAUGACCAAUAUGAUUCUACAAUAUGUAUACUCAGAAAAAUGAGAAAUUAUAUCCCAUCUAUGUAUAUCAAAGUGCAUAAAUGCAUUAUACUGUCAUGUAUAACUAAUUAAAACAAAAAAAUCUAAAACAAAUUCGGUUCUAUCCUUUUCAGAACCACUGCCAAUGCAUACAAUGUACCAACGCCAUACACACUGAGCUAAAUAAAUGAAUGGGAUGCUGAAAGGUUUUCCAUACCCCUAUCCCCAUUUCCUUAACCACUGUAAACUGGCUUUUCCCCUUAAUCUGCUGUUCUUUUCAAGGCUGCCAGUGACUCUGGUUGCCAAAUCACAUGGCCAUUUCUUAGUCCUUUUGACUUCUUUGUUGCAUUUGGCUGUCUUAUUCUUUUCUUGAAAAUUUCCCUUGGCUUCUGCCUUUCUAUUUUUUUUAUAAAAAUAAAAGCAUUUUUAUUGCUUCUUCUUUGCUGAUACCUUAAGUGUAGAUGAUUCCAAGGGUUCAGUAUAUACCUACACAAGUACAAGUUACAUAUCCUCAUGUUUUCUUAAUAGCAAUGUGUGGCAUGGUAAUCAUAAAAUUCUAUAGUAGUCCAUUUUUUAGUGGUGAGGGCACAUCAGGGAUACAAUGCUUCCUAAGAAGUUGUUUACUUGCUCAUUUAAUUUGUUCUCUUAACUCAUGCCAUUCUUCCUUUGGAAUAGUCAUCUCAAGCCAUUUUUCAUUAAUAGAGAUUGAUGCUUAACACUUGGUUUAUCUGUCCUCAGUCAAGCCCCUUGGUUGCUACUGUGAAAAUGGUUCAAUUUUGCUGUUCUUGUUACUUUAAAAAAUUAGAAUAUGUACUCACAUGGCAUUCCUGUGUCUUUUAGCAAGGUUUUCUGAUGCUUCAGAGAGCUUAGUUUGGGGUUUUCCAGACAUGGUAACAGUGCCUGGGUUUAUUUUAUUUUUGUCUUGUGUUUAGUUCUGGGUAGGAUCUAUAGUAAUUUAAGUAUCACCCCAAAACAGAUUCAGAUUGGUUGGUUGUAGUUCAUUACGACCAUUAAAUGACCUAAACAAAAUUCCAGAGAGCACAAAAGGUUAGUAAUAUGUUCAGCACAUGUGAUGACAUGACCUUUUCAAGUAAGACAUAUUUAUAUCUGAAGGCUAUUUGGAAAUUACCCAGAUGAACCCUGGAGAUUAAUAGGAUAACACAUUACGGCAGCUUUACUUUACAUUACGGCAGCUUUACUUUACAUUUCAGCAGUAGUGCUGGCAAGUAGUCAAGUAAACUUGCCAGUUACAUAGGCUCUUUGUAGAACAAGGAUAACCCCAAACUGUCAGGGUUAGUGACAGCUUUUAAUUAAAAUAUAAGAAAAGUACACGACACACACACAUAAUUAAUUGCUUAACAAUGGUUACUAUAAUAGUAUUCUUAGAUGCAAUAAAAAGAUUAUUUAAAACAAUUUGUUGAGAGCUGAUUUUUUCAUUUUUCACUAUUAGGAUCUUUAUAUGUAAUUACUAUUCUUCGCUAUUACUAUUUAGGAACUUCAACAGGAUAUAUUAAAUAUCUACUAGAAAUGUUAUUCAGAAGAGAAAAAUACUUUUAACAUUUAAUUUAGAUGGAAGGCAAAUAGUCCUCUCUUCAGACUAAAGCUGAAACAAAAACUUAGAAUUUCCUCAUUUGACUUUUAUAUGGAAUCAAGCCAUUGUCAGGCAUAGACCUGAGAACAGAAUAGGCACUUGGUUAAUAUGUAUUGAAUGAAGAAAUAGGUCAUUGCUGUCAUUGGAUUUCUUGAUCAAAGGCUGCAUUUGAGAGCCAACCAGGGAGUCUUUUUCAUGGACAUAAUCCCAGUCCCCAAUAUAGUGUCCUAGCAGGGUGUCUAGCCAUGUGUAUUUCUGUAAGUUCUUCAGGUGGUUCAGAUAAAUGUGUUCUACCACCUUGUUAUCUCCAUGAUUCUAGCUGGUGCUGACACUAUGAUGCUUUCACCCUGAAAUGGAAUCUUUCAAAGCCCUGAUUGUGCAACAACGUCAGUAAACUGAUUCCUGUACUUAAAACAGAUUCUAUAUUAACUGAAUUUCAAAUAACAAAGCAGAAGCCAGUAUUUCCUCGGGUGCAUUCUGUGGAACACAGUGCCGUGAGAUUCUCUGAAGAAUGUAUUCUACGGUCAGAAAAUCAAAUUCUAGAGAUGAAAACAUGAUGAAUGAAAAGCACAAUAGUGUCCAUAGCAAGGACAACCAGCAGAAGGAACACCUGUGAACCUGAAGAUGGGUUAUUUGAAAAUAUAUAGAAGAAAGAAAAAUUAAAUGAACAAAAAGAAAACUUAUGGGAUUUAUGUGACAGUAUCAAAAGAAACAUUUAAGUUAUAAGAAUUCAAAAAGAAUGCAGAAAACUCCAAAUCUGGGGAAAGACACAAAAAUAUAGGUCUCCAAUCAGAUUCAGUCCAAACAAGAAAACACCAAGGCAUUAUAAUUAAACUGUUAAAAGUCAAAGACAAAGAAGAGCCUGUAAAAGGGAAGCAAAGCAUAUAUAAGGGAGUUCCGCUAAAGCUAGCAGCAGAUUUUUUUCAACAUAUAAUUGAAAGUUCUGGGGAGAAAAAGAAGGGAAAAAAAAAAAUAAAACCAAAA